AUGGUCGCCUUGGAGGAGGUUGGUCCGGCUGCCGACUUCGGAUCCUUGUGCCUUGGCUGCGGGCUUCGCUUGUGGACAAGUGCGAGGGGGAGCGCGUUUCUGGGCGUGGGCGUGCCGGGCGUUCCGGGCGUGCCGGUCGCCGAGCCGGGAGCCCACCUCAAGGCGCCACUGCCGCUGCCCACGCCUGCUACAUCCGCCAGGAUUGGCAAAGAUGGCACCCUCAGCAAGAAGGUUGGCUUUAGGAUGCUGAAGCAGCUCAGAUGCGAAGUGCUCUCGGAUGAGGAUGGCGAGGCCCGGUACGUGCAGGUGGGCAUUAAAACUCAGCCGGUGCUCUUCAAGAUGCUUGUGGAGCUGGGCCACGCGCCCCGGCGAGGGGAAGAUGGCGAAUUUAUGGUUCAAGUGGUCGAGCAAUGCGGUCGAAAGCCGGAGGAAGUUGUCGCAGCCCUGUCGGCACCCCGGGAGCCCGAAGACGAAGGCUACCCUUCCAUGCCGCGUCCUCGCCUGAAGCCGGAGGAUGCGCAGCUUCUCGUCAACCGUCUCUACAAGGUGCCGAGAAGGAGCAAAUUGGCGCAGUUCUUCAACUGGCGGGUCAUGAGCGUCACCUUUACUGGUGUUAGUCCAUGUCCUCAGACAGAAAUCGCAGACAGGAACAUGAGCGCAAGCCCGAGGGGAAAGAGCUCAACAGGAUGCUGGAUUCAUAGAGCUCCGUGUCACUGGCGUUUCCCACAUCCGGCCAGAGGAUGA